GGACUGAAGCAUAACGACGUCGUUCAAAUUGCAAUAGCACAGGGUGCUGGUACAGACGAAACGAAAGGAAGAAGAGGAAGGUGAAGAAGAGAGAUCAACAUAAUCAGAGAUGGCGAGAGGAGAAGUUCUAAGCGCAUACCGCGCGAUUUUGAAAGCUGCUCGGAAAACAUUUUCCGGCGACACUCUGAUGCUGAAGGAAUCUGCGGUGGAAGUUAGGAAGAAGUUCGAGGAGAACAGGAACGUCACUUCCGAGGCGGAGAUCUCGAAGCUUCUCGAAGAAGCCGGAGAGGCCUCCCAUUUCAUCACCAACAUGAUCGUACAGGCACAACUCAAUUCCGACGCUGGCAGUUACGUGGUGAAGCCGGGUAAAGAUCAUGCAGGGGCAACGCUUGAACUUCCAUCAGAAGAAAUUAUUCGAAAGUCAGGAUAAGGAUUGGAGAGAAGAGGUUAGAACAAAGUGUGUCCUCUUCUAGAUUUUUUGUUUAGGAUUAAUAAGUAGUAGUGCUAGUCCUUUUCUGAGAGUGCUUGAAAUUUUCUGCUUACAUUCCUUUUUGUGG